AUGGCGUCAGGCACAGCUGCGCUACUGCUGGUGUCGCUGCUGAUGGCAGCGGCACCCGGCGGCGGCCACGCGGCGCUCUUCAAAGCGACGGUCUCCAACUGCACGCAGCUGCAGGCCAAGAUCCGCGAGUAUAGAGACACCAUGGAGACUAAAGGCGGCACGUUCCGCGUGUCCCUGGCCUGCCCGGCGGACGGCGGCCGCUACGACGACUGCGUGAAGCCCGACGACUCGUUCGCAGUCAUCCAAGCCCUCGUCCGCCUGUCCGGCCGCGGCCGCGUGACGCUGCAGGCCGCCAGCAGCAAGUGCGCCGACGGCGACGCGCGGCCGCGGCUGGCGGGCGCGGGGACCGACGGCGCGCGGAUGUUUGUGCUGACGGGGCCGGGCGUUCAGCUCGAGCUCAAUUCCCUGAUCCUCGACGGCCUCAGCCUGCGGCCGGGAAUCUUUGCCGAAAACGCGAAGCGUCUGGUACUGCGGAAGGUGGACCUGCAGAACUUCACGGCGAGCAGCUGCGACGCUUACUCGUUCCUCAACAAGGGCUGCGGCGGCGCGCUCCUGACGUACGCGACGCCGGUGACGGUCGAGGACGGGGCGUUCUCGGGCAACACGGCCGCGUUCUCCGGCUCGGGGGGUGCCAUCUACGCGGAGGCCGGGACGCUGACGCCCGGCGCCUCCAAGUUUUUUGGGGGCACCAUCCUCGCAAUCACCAGGACAAUAUUUAAGGGCAACACCGCGACGGAGGGUGGCGCCAUCUACAUCAACAAAGUCAGCCCAAAGGCCGCAAAGGUGCUCUGCACCAAGUGCACCUUCACUGCCAACAGCGGCAACUGCAGCGCCGUGCAGUCAGCAAGGAGCGACUUCAAGAAGCCGUCGGGCGGCGCGGGCGCGCCGCUCACGCUCGACCUGGGGAGCCGAAAGUCUGCCAGCUCGUUUGCAGGCAACAUCAAUCUGGAUGGGAGCAAGAACACCGUCUGCGGGUCUGCGGUGAAGAGCCCCCAAGGAAAGGUCACACUCUCAAAGGUCCCCAAGAGCGUCACCGGCCUGACUAAAGCCGCUGUCUCUACGCAGUUCAGUGACUUUCUUUUCACUCAGAGCUAG